AAGCUGCAUGUUGGCUCUGCCCGGAAGCUGGUGCAAGAGGCACAGGAGAUUGUCAGCCCAAGCGGUGGCUCCCCGGUCUCUUCGGCAUACAAUAUGGGUCCCGGCAGCGGGAUCCGUAAUAGAGCCCGCGGCAAAGGCAAGUCGGUUGCUCCGCUGGUCAUUCAACUCCGUCGCCAGGCAGCCCAUGGGGAGUUGAGAAUCGAGAGGCCGCGGGUUCGGAGGAAGGAGGCCGAGGAUGAGUCAUUGUACCCGUUCCUCGCACUGCGCAGGGCUGCGAAAGCGGCGGCUGCGGCCAGUGAGGCAGACGUUGUGCCUCCGCGGACACCUGCGGGGACACGGAGGUUGGAGGUCGAGGUCGUCCGGACACUGUCGACUAUCAAUGGACGUCACAAGGCACUGCGGAGGAAGACGCAACACGAGUUUGGCAAGCAAGAGGAGCACCAGUUUGAUGAACAGGCCUGGCGGAGGUACGCCUGCGGUGAGCAUGAGUCGGAACACAAGGAUGGGCGAGAAGGAACGGCAUCGGUGGUACCCGUGCAAGGAUGCAGUGUCAAGGCCAAGGUCUCGGCGUCUGGACCUAGUCGCAGUCGGCGAGGGUGGCGGAAGCUGCUCGGCCUUGUAGAGGACGAUAUCAAGCGAGUCCCGAAGAGCUCUGUGACCAAGUUGAAGGGUGCUCGUGGGAAGCCCAAGUCUGCGUCCAAGGCCAUGCGGUCCGUCACGGGAGCAGAAGUCAAGCACCAGCCGGUAGUUCCUCAAGCCAACGAAGAGUCUGUGUCGCUGGACGUCGCCCCGGCCUUUGCUGUUGGCGAGCUUGAGAAGUGCGUGGCACCGGUGUGUAUAUCACCGGAGCAAUCCGCUACCGCUUCCGUCGUCGAGGCCGAGCCUGUGCAAGUAGGGAUGUCCGUAGAAGGGGAGCCGCGUGAAUGGGGUCUGCGGAUGGAGAACUUUGCCUUUGACUUUGGCUCGUAUCCUGGAAUGCCGGCUGACGUCCUCGCAGCGCUGAACGAGCCUGCCCACGUCUUCGCAGUGGCAGAGGCACAAGAGAUGCCUGCGACGGAAGGACAGACUGCAGAGGCUACGGUUAUGGCCGUCGAUGCCGUGAUACUCUCAUCCGAGCCGGCUCGCGACACGUACAGCGCUUUCGUGGUGGAUAUGGACACUGGCCACACCGAUGCCCCGUCCAGCGUAGAGGAAGCAAUGGAAGACGUGUGCGCCACUGACGACAUGCCGGUCGAGAUGGCAUCUCCGGUUGCACGCUCUACAGACAAAGUAACUAUUAACGAGGACAGCGAUAUGCUGCAUGCAGAGGAACAAGCUGUGGAGGUGGAGAUGGACGGCUUCGACAGCGUAGUAGCUCCGCAGGCACUGCUUGCUCAGAUGAAGAUAUUACCAUACACAAACGAGAUCGCCGCCAACCUUCUGACUAAUGCAGACCUCGCAAGAGUCCCGGUCGAGUUGAUGUCCGCAGCGAUUGAUCUCGUUCAACCCGACGAGGACAUCGAGAUGGGGCGCCAGGAGCAGCCUUUGACGGUGGAGGAAGACAUCGAGAUGGGUAUCCAGCUGGUGUCUGUGGACGCGGUUUUCGGUACAGUCGCGGCAGUGCUGAUCGCAGCAGAAAGUGGGGGCGACAUCAUUCAGCAACACGUCGACGCAGUGCCAGCCCACUUCAGCGCUGUGCAGGAGUUCACUGUCGCUCUUCUCGACAAUGAGGACACCUCCGUGGGAGACAUCACGCUCGUCGGUGGCGCACUCGACGAGGACCACGUCGCGACGUCUGACCCGGAUUGGAACGAGACGUUUGCGGACGACGUUAUUGCAGCUUCGUCGCCGAACAAGGAGAAGCAGAAUGAGCUCCAUACGAUGCCACUCCCGGAGGUCGUGGUGUCUGGGUCGGAUAUCGGCGAGCAGGCUGUCGUCGCUGGACUGGAGCACGUCUUCAGCUUGCAGACACUUUUGGACGAUCCAGCUCCGAUUGCUGGGCCGAUGUUUGACAUGCAAUCGCUAUACUCGACACUCCCUACGAACACCACUGAAGGCGCGGAGAAGACGACGAACACAGGUUCAUUCACUAGGGCGACGAGAAGCGGCAAGGGCUAUGCCGGCGGCAUCAGCAAGGCCAAGAAGACUCUCGCCCAGCCGGCGCGCAAAUCCACGUCCAGUUUCUCUAACACGCUGUUAGACACCGACGUGUUCCGGGCGGUCCGCAACAAGAGUGCGGCAGAGCAGAAGGCGCGCAAGGACACACGCAAGCGAUACAAGAAGAUAUCGCGGAAACUUGCACGACAGGACGUGGAGAGCGCGGAGCCCAAAGGAGGAUGUGGGCGAUUCCUGCUAUCAGCGGUGAAUCCAAAGACCGGACGGCGCGAGAAGAUGACGCCAAUCACCACGGUCAAGGAGAGUACCGACGAUGACCUCGACCUUGACGUGCUGUGUCGCAUGUCUACGAGUCUGUCAUUGACGACGGCGUCCCAUGGGCGCACCGGUACUCAAGAGGUGACGAACUCUGCUGACGACCUGCUGGGUGCAUUUGCAUCUCUUGGGCUCUUGACGGACACUCCUGCGGCAUCGUCGACAGGCGGCUCGGCCCUAGACGAUCUGUGCGACCUCUUCAAUGCGCUAGUCUGA